AUGUUCGUUUUGGAAGUUUUAACGGGAUUGUGCCUCUGCACCCUGGGCACUUGUUCCUAUGAAGCCUGGAGACAAUUCAGUACCAAUUCGCAAAACCAUGCGAACGAAAUUAACAAGGCAACCUCUCAGCCGCACAUCAUAUUUAUAAUGGUAGAUGACCAGGGAUUCCGAGACGUCGGUUAUCACGGGUCCGAGAUUAAAACUCCAACUUUGGACAGGCUAGCAGCUGCAGGAGUAAAAUUGGAAAACUACUACGUGCAGCCUCUCUGCAGUCCAUCUAGGAGUCAGCUUAUGACCGGCAGGUACCAGAUCCACACUGGCCUUCAGCAUUCUAUCAUCCGUCCUAGCCAGCCCAACUGCCUCCCCUUGGACAAUGUCACCCUGCCCCAAAAGUUGAAGAAAGCGGGCUACUCGACCCACAUGGUGGGCAAGUGGCACCUGGGCUUCUAUAAACGAAGCUGUAUGCCCACCCAACGUGGCUUCGACACCUUCUUCGGCUUUCUCCUGGGCAGUGGGGACUACUACAGCCACUACAAAUGUGACAGUCCGGGGAUGUGCGGCUAUGACCUGCACGAAGGGGAGGAAGCGGCUUGGGAGCAGGACCGUGGCAUUUACUCCACCAUCAUGUACACCCAGAAAGCUGUGAACAUCCUGGCCUCUCACAAUCCCAAACGGCCCCUCUUUCUCUAUUUAGCUUACCAGGCGGUGCAUUCUCCUCUGCAAGUUCCAGCCCGCUAUCUUGAACGCUACAAGUCCAUCCCAAACCUGCACCGUCGCAAGUACGCAGCUAUGGUGAGCUGUCUGGACGAGGCUGUCCGGAACAUUACACUUGCGCUGAAGCGCUAUGGCUACUAUGACAAUACCGUGUUGGUGUACUCCUCAGACAAUGGUGGCCAACCCAUGGCUGGGGGCAGUAACUGGCCCCUGAGGGGGAGCAAAGGUACCUAUUGGGAGGGAGGUGUGCGGGCAAUAGGGUUUGUUCACAGCCCGCUCUUGCAAAAAAAGGGCACUCGCUGUAAGGGCCUGGUUCACAUUACAGAUUGGUACCCAACACUGGUAACGCUUGCUGAAGGUACAAUAGAUGAAAACCAGAACCUUGACGGUUAUGACGUUUGGGAGGCUAUUAGCGAGGGGAGACCCUCCCCGAGGCAGGAUAUCCUUCACAACAUCGACCCAAUUUACAUUAAGGCCAAGAACGGCUCUUGGAAGGCCGGCUACGGCAUCUGGAACACGGCAGUGCAGGCAGCUCUGCGGAUAGGCGACUGGAAGUUGCUUACCGGCGUGCCAGGUUACAGUGACUGGGUACCGCCGCAGACCUUCUCCACCCAGCCACUGACCAACCGCUGGCACAACGAACGGGUGCGAUGGGACCGUGGAAAGUCCUUGUGGCUCUUCAACAUCACGGCCGACCCAUUCGAAAGAGUGGACCUGUCACGACGCUAUCCGCACGUGGUCAAAAAGAUGCUCUUGCGCCUGGUUCAAUACAACAAGACCGCAGUGCCUGUACGCUACCCUGCCAAAGAUUACCGCUCCAACCCUCAAUAUAAUGGAGGAGUAUGGGGUCCGUGGUACAGCAAAGAGGAGGAGGAGGAAGAAGAGAACGAUCGAGAGAAUAACGUGUUCUCGAAUCAUUUUGGCAAAAAGAGCAAGAAGAAAGUGAAAAAAAAGAGGAAACUCAAAAGGAAGGCGUAA